UCGACUUCAGUCAAAGUAGUUGAUAUCGUUAGUUGACGGAAUUUACUUAAAGAUUAAGGAAGGCUAUUCAGCUUACAGAUGUGGGAACACGGGAAUGCACGACAAUAUUCGCUUUCUAAUUUGAUUCCUGGGCGUACCAGAAUGGCGUAUUCGACACUACGAAAUAUAAGCCUCUCUUGGCGAAGAGAUAGGCGUGAACGGCAAGACAAUUUUUCAGUUAUCUACCUCGGAAGCGUGCAGAUAUUGUGCCCUAUUGGCGAAGGAAUUUGCGGUUCUGUUGAGGAGAUAUUUGAGAACUGUAAGGCGAAACUGAAGCAGAAAUUGCUUCCAAAACAAACUUUACAGAUCAAGGACAAUUGCUUUGAACUUUGCUUUAACGAAGGCGAGGAUCAAGGUACGAAGAUUGUUUAUGAUUUCAGCCGAAUUAUUUAUUGCGGAGUUGACAGCAAACGGCGAAAGAUUCUGGUGUUCAAUUAUCAUCAUCUCGAGGGAGAAGAAAGCGAGGUUUUCUUAACGCAAGCGUUCUUGUGCGAGACAAAAAGUGAGGCGAAACGACUGGCGUGUACUGUGGCCGAAUAUUUCCAAAGCUUAAAAUGCGUUGACGCCCACGAAUACGACGGUGAUGAGAAUGGAAACCGUGCAGGAUUAGAACUGAACGAGAUAUCAGAAGGUCAAACGUGCGGCCAGGAUGAUGGAGGAAUUGUUAUAAAAUCCAAUUCUGAGAGUGAUAUCGAGUUGGAAUGAAUGUGAGCUGAUAUAACAAGGCACUUUUCAACCUAGGAGAUAAUUCCCUAUAACUAUGACCGAGGGAUGCCAAUUUCUCUCACGAUCUGAGAUAGCUUUAUAUAAUUUGAGUUCUUUACGACAAGAGAAUUUAUCAAGUAUGGUUGAACUUUUGAUCAGCUCAACGAGAUUAAGCAUUUGAUUUUCAGUUAUUCUUUGCGUCGGUAGCAGUGCAUACAAUAAAUUUUGCGCAAACACUAUUCUUGUAAAUAUGUAGAUUGGAUGACAAAGCGUAGGAUAUGUUUGCUUGUGUUGGUGUGGUAAAGCAUUCCUACGGAACGAGUAAAUUGUUAAAAAAAAAUUCCGAAGUGAAGGGUUUUCCGCUUCGGUACAGUUUAGGCCAUGGAGAAAACAGUGGCACAAACAAUUGCAUGUUACCUAUCAGUUGCAUUAUAGUUGUACUAGUGAGUCUGAUCCAUGUAUCAGUUGGCGAUAUCAUCGGCGAAAGCUUGCAAGCUUAUUUUCAACACUGUAGCUUGAGGCCUCACUGAUUUGAGACACUGAAUUACAGAGAAUUAAAAAGUUUGUGUCGAUAA